CUCCAUACAAAAUGAGUGCCAUCGACAGUGGAAAAUAUCGCCUGAAAAAAGAUUGGGCCAGUGUCUCGAUACCAUCAUUGGUCGAUAUCGAUGAACACGCCGACGAUGAAACCGAAAGCGGAAUAAAUAUCACUGAACCAUCAUUGCCACCACAAAAGCCGCCACGUCGAAGUUCACUGGCAUUGGGUUUGUUCUCCAGCAAAUCAGAUAAAAGCCAGAAAAGACGUAGCUCCAUUGCGGUGUCUUUCUUUCGUCGUGAUAGUAAUAAGCAUUCAUCCAAAGAUUCCUAUGAAUCGGCCGUAAAACAUGAAAAAAGUGAUGGCUCAAAUACACCCAUAUCACCUGACAUUGUUUACAGCUCCGAGGAGAAUAUUCGUGCCUCAUCGCCAAAUGAACCCGGCAAAGUGACCUAUUUCGAUGAUGGCACCAAUGUUCGCACCGCUGUCAAGGGUAUUGGCAUUACCAGUAGCCCGUACGAUACACCCAUCGACAAGGAACGCAAUCGUCGUCGACGUAGUUCAUUGCAAACAAAAUUGGAUAGACGUCGCCGCAAGAAUUUCGAAGUCACCUUCCCCACUCUGGAACAGAGUACGGGAAUUGGUUCGCAAAGUGAUUUGACCAAUGAUAGUACCACAGGCAUCGGCUCAUCUUCGGGCGAUAUGUCGACCUAUGACGAUGUCGAUCCCAAUCAUUCAGCCUAUUUUCCAAGGCAAAAACGUCAUUCAUGGUGGAAUAUAUUUGUGCCAGAGAAUAUUAAGAACAGGUGA